AUGCACUCUUUACAAACAAGAUUUGCUGGCCUCCCGGAAGGAUUCAAAUUUUUCCCGGACUUUUUGUCCCUCUCCGAACAGCGCACACUCCUCUCCGCCGCCCUCACUAAACUCGACUCUACAGAAACUAAACAAGCUCGGAAGCGACGAAAGGACUUCCUUGCCAACCACCCACAGGAGCAUCGUGUGAUCGAAGACAUCUUCCUUCCCGACGCGUACUAUAAUUUCCAAGAGGGCCACUAUGACGGCGUGAUACGACAUUUUCGUGAGAUGCAUUUGUCAUCCUGGUCGGAGGAUCAGAAUCCCGGUCUUUCAUCCAUUCUAGCUCGUCUGCAAGGGCUACAUCCAACCUCGAACGUACAAACACAUCUUCUACACUUGUCAUCCGUAGGGGAAAUUCUCGGACAUGUGGAUAAUAUAGAAGCCAGUGGAACCUGGAUUCUCGGUGUCAGCCUUGGCGCAGCCAGAGUAUUGCGGAUGGAGUCGACAAGCAACCCAGAAGACUUCUUCGAGGUUCUACUCACAUCGGGUAGUGUUUAUUUACAAAUGCAAGUGCAGGACAGCGUGCGGUAUGACUACAAUCAUUCUAUACUAAAAGCGGACCGUUUCCUCGGACGCGGGAUCACGGCUGGCCAGCGAGUCAGUAUAAUGGUCAGGGUAAGUUGA